GUGAGACUGGAAACUCGGCCAGGAAAUUUUCACAAUCAUGCCAGAAUUAAACCCUACCCAACAUCAAAAUCUACCAUGGGUUGAAAAAUACCGUCCGAAUGCACUCAAGGAAUUGAUCUCGCACGAGGACAUCAUCUCAACCAUCCGGAAGUUCAUUUCCGAGGACAAGUUGCCGCAUCUCCUCUUCUACGGCCCACCAGGUACGGGCAAGACCUCCACUAUUUUGGCCUGCGCCAAAGAAAUCUACAAGCCCAAAGAGUUCAAUUCCAUGGUGUUAGAAUUGAACGCCAGUGAUGAUCGUGGGAUCAACGUUGUCCGCGGGCAAGUCCUCAAUUUCGCAUCCACUCGGACUAUCUUCAAUUCUGGCUUCAAACUGGUCAUCUUGGACGAGGCGGAUGCCAUGACUCAGGAUGCACAAAACGCCCUACGCCGUAUUAUUGAGAAGUUUACGGAUAACGUGCGAUUUUGUUUAAUCUGCAAUUACUUGUCUAAGAUCAUUCCGGCUCUUCAGAGUCGAUGCACCCGGUUCCGAUUUGGGCCAUUGAAUCCGCAGCAAAUCUUUCCCCGAUUGGAAUACGUGUGCCAGGAGGAACACGUGGAUGUGACUCAAGAUGGGAAAGACGCCCUCAUGGGUCUAUCCAACGGUGACAUGAGGAAAGUUAUUAACAUCUUGCAGAGCUGCUCCAUGGCAUUCGAUCAAGUCAACGAGGACAACGUGUAUACUUGUGUGGGGCAUCCAUUGAAGUCUGACAUCACGAACAUCGUCAAUUGGAUGUUGAACGAGUCCUUUAACACCGCCUAUAGCAACAUCGAGCGUCUAAAAACUCUGAAAGGACUCUCUUUAUUAGACAUCCUCUCCGAGGUUCAUCUCUUCGUCCACCGACUGGAGCUGCCUCAAAAGAUCAAAAUUCAUCUCUUAAUCAAGAUGUCGGAUCUGGAGAACCGACUCCUAAACGGGGCUAGUGAGAAGAUUCAAUUGGGCUCUUUGCUCUCGGCAUUUCAAGUCACUCGUGAAAUGAUCAAAGAAGAAGCCUCUUAAUUCAGAUUGUAUUUUAAUGCUAUAAACAUGGACGGGACAGAACA